AUGGCCAUUACACCAACUCAAUUCGCCAAGAAGACGGCGCAGUCCGCCAACUGGACAGAGGCCAAGCGCCGAGUCCUGUCUUCCUACCGCGAGUGGUUAAGAGGAGCCCCGGAGGUGCAGACCAUGUACAACAUGCCCAUGCCCAUCUCCGUCAUCCGCAACCGCAUGAGACAAGAGUUUGAGCGCAACCGCUUCGUCAGCAAGCUGUCGGCCGUUGACGUCCUCCUCUUCAAGUCGCACGCCGAGUACCAGGAGAUGAUGAACUUCUGGAAGCAGACCACACACCUUCAUGUCUGGAUUCUUGCAGGGCCGCAACUAAAGGAACAUACUCGAGCGAAUGCAUCACCAGCCGUCGCGGAUCAAUCGAUACAUGAAACCCAGAAGAACAAAAAACAUAAAUUAUAA